UCUGUGAGGAUGCACAAUAUGCGAAGUGUGUUUAAUACAUUUAAUGAAGCCUCAGUGUUUUUUGGGAACGACAUCAGGUUUUAGGACCCCCACCCACUGGAGCUCAUUGGUUCUUGACGGGCUGUCGGAAAAAGCGUUGACAUUGUCCCGGUGACUUGCCCCCGGGUGGUGCAGGGGGAGGGAUCCGCUAUAAAAUCCCCCUCGUCACUCUCGGGCGUGCCAAACACAGACAGUGCACGAGUGAACAGGAAUAAGGAGUGAAUUCUGCACCUGCUGCCGGAAUUUUGCAUCUGUGAGAAAUUGAGAGCUCAUUGAACACCAUGGACUCCGACACGAGCCGAAUGUCCAGUAGACCUUCCUCUCCUGAAGGCGAUGACCUCUUCCUGUCCGCCAUGAAGAAAUCCGUGGGUUUCUCUGGUGCCGUCUCUUCCACUCAGAGCGACUCUCCUCCGGAGUUAAGAGGCGCAGAACUGCGGAGCAUCUCCAGCGGCGAUGAGGAUGCAAUGGCUCUGAAGAUGCUCAGCAAAAAGGACCGCAAACUUCUCUCGGAAAACGAACUACAGAGUAUGCGCCUCAAGAUCAACAGCCGCGAGAGGAAGCGCAUGCACGACCUGAACAUCGCCAUGGACGGGCUCCGGGAGGUCAUGCCCUAUGCCCAUGGGCCAUCCGUGCGCAAACUCUCCAAAAUAGCCACCCUGCUGCUUGCGCGCAACUACAUCCUCAUGCUUAGCAACUCACUAGAGGAGAUGAAACGGCUCGUGAGCGAGAUCUACGGCGGCGGGGGCGGGACUCAUCACGCUGCUUUCCACCCUUCCAGUUGUGCCACCCUUACGCACGCGGCAGUUGCUCCUUUACCGGGCCACCCCUCUGCUGUCUCACAUUCUUCUCAUCCGGUUCAUCAUCCUCUCCUUCCGCCAGCAGUCUCCACUGCCGCUUCUCUCUCUGCUCCCGGUCUCUCAGCUGUCAGGCCGCAUCACGGACUCCUCAAGGCACCAUCAGCCGGUGCUGGGCCACUCGGCACCGGUUUUCAGCAUUGGGGAGCAGGGAUCCCAUGCCCGUGCAGCAUGUGUCAGGUGCCUCCACCUCACAUGUCUGGUAUGAGCACCGUCAGCAUGCCACGAUUGAGCAGUGACUCAAAAUGAAGCACUGAAUUCUAAAAGAGAGCUAAUAAAAAAAAAAAAAAAAAAAAACACUUUGAAAGGAAACCACAGACUUGUACUGUUUCAUCCCGUGUUUAUCCAUUUAUGACUGAACAACUGAAAAAAAAAAAAAAAAAAAGAGAGAGAGAGAGAGAGAGAGAGAGAGAUGUGAAUGGGUCAAAGCCACUAACAUAGGAUUUUCUAACACAUUAGAGGAAUUAGGGUUAACUCUCCAUGUGCAUUUGAAGUUUAUGAAAAUUGUCAUAUUUUUUAGUCUUUCAAAACUUGGGACUUUACGAAGGUACAAGUGUAAUGUGAUAUAAAUAAGGGUAUAUAGCAUACAACUUGGACAGUACUUUUACAAAUUAUGUCUAAAUAUAUCUGGCCAAAUCCUACUACAGAUAAGAGGGCUAAAUAAUUUAAUGGGCAAUUGCUAUUAAAGGAAAUCUUACGUUUGAAAAGGUCCUGUAAAUUUGGGAAUACAAUGUUUUACUGUGUAAAUAUGUAGAUAUAGUUUGUACAGUUUAAGAGAUUUUAUAUUAUCUUCCCAAGCUUAUGUUUGGGAUCAAAAUUCAUUUACCAAGAGCUGUCUGUAACAGGAAUCAAAAUGCACCUGUUCAUUCCUGUACUCACACUCGUUCUCUCUUUCGCUCUCUCCUUUCAGUUUUCUGGCUUUGAAAUUUCGUUAUUUUGAUUCUUUCUAUACAAGCUUACCCGUCAUCACCGAUGCGAAGAAUGAUCAAUUUUUAUUUUUGAUAAAGUGCAAAAUGAUAUUUAUUUACGUAUUUUGAUUGUAUUUUCAAAUUAAUGUGCGGUGAAUGUUUGAGUCCUAACUGUAAAAUAAAUGUUUAA